AUGUUUAAAAAUAGCUCAGUGCUUAAUAAUGUUAGUGAUGCAACUUGCACAAGAUGGAUUCAAAUUUGUGAUGAUACUCGUAAUCAAUUCAACACUAUAUUAACGAGUGCAGACGCUAGCGUUCAUGAGCGUAAAAAUCUACAAGCAAAUGUUUCACAGUUAUGCUGGUAUCAAGAAAAAUUUUCACAACUAAGCGGGCGAGUGACUGGCGCAGCAUUAAGCAAUAAUAAUUUAAUCCAUUGGCUUGAUCAAGAGAACGCAUUUGAAAAUCGUGUACAAACUGGUUGUAUUGUAAAUCGUGGACAUAUUGAUAUACGAGAAUUUUUGAAUGAUGCUAAGCGUGUUGUAAUUAUGAAAAUAACAGAUAAUUUACAACGCAUUGGGAAUCCUAAAGUCAGCACGGCAUUAUUAUUGCAAGUUUUUCCGGAAACUAAUUUGGAUCAGUGGUUUGAUGAAAGCAUAUGUGGAACUCUUUUAAGAAAAAUUGAAGAGUUUAAUGAAAAAGAUUUAGGUUGGAGUUUGAAUGAAAUUAAUAACUUGGUGGUUGACAUCGCGCGAUUUGCACCUCUACAAGGUGGAUUAUCAACGUUCGCUGUAUUUCCCGAAGACAUACAAAACAGGAAAGCUGUUUUCAAUAUCCAGAAUCAAGACAAAUAUUGCUUUUUAUGGUGUAUAAAAGCAGCAUUAUAUCCUGCAAAGAAGAAUACAAACCCAUUGAGAGUUACAUCUUAUAAGCAUCUGGACUUGAAAUUUAACAUUGACGACUAUGAAAAUACUAAAGUUGAUGGGAAAAAUAUAUCGCAAAGUUUAUCAUUACAUGAUAAUAAAAACCCCGAAAAUUAUCAACCAAUUUUCCAUUACACUCUGAUUAAAAAUCUUUCCAGAUUAGUUUGCUCGCAAAUUACAAAAUCUUGCUCCAAUUUGUGGUUAUGUGAUCGUUAUCUAUGUCACUUUGAGUUUCAAAAGUCUUUUGAAAAACAUAAAUUGGACUGUUUAAAGUGUAAUAAUGUUGGAUUGAAGUUACCAAAUGGUGAAAAAGAAGAUGAUAAGAUCUUAAGUCUUAAAGAUUUUAAACAUAUAGACAAGAACCUUGAAAAUUAUAAAAAAUGUCUUAUGGAGCGUGAUACUUUGCAGUGUGAUCAACAUAUUUUUCAAAGUACAAAGCAUGUAGUGAGAACAGUUAAACGAUCUAUAAAAGCGCUAAAUUGGGCUGAUAAUAAAAGAAAACUCAUAGAUGAUUCAACUGAUACACUACCUUGGGGGUAUAAAGAGUCUAAUAAAAGACCACGAUAUGAUUAA